AUGUUCAUAUUAUAUGUAUUUGUAUUUUCAGGUGACGAAAGGAUUUAUUUAAGCUCAGAUAGCGUUGAUCCAUCUGAUUUGAACUCCAAAGAUGACUCUGUUUUCUCUCCCGAAUUUUUGAAUAGUAUUAAGACGUCAGGGUUGCCUAAUCAUUCUCUAAGGUUGAGAAUUGGUACACCGGUGAUGUUAUUGAGGAAUAUUGAUCCUGAUGAUGGGUUAUGCAACGGGACGCGGUUGCAGAUAACUCAAUUGGCUAAUCAUAUUAUUGGAGCAAGAGUCAUUACAGGGAAACGUGUUGGGGAGAAAGUCUUUUUACACCGUAUUCUAAUAACACCUACAGAUACGAAGCUGCCAUUCAAAAUGAGGCGGAGGCAAUUUCCCUUGAAAGUUGCAUUUGCGAUGACAAUAAACAAGAGCCAGGGUCAAACACUUGCAAAUGUUGGUUUGUAUCUACCUAGACCAGUGUUUUCACAUGGACAAUUGUAUGUUGCUGUUUCAAGGGUCAAGUCUAGGAAAGGGUUGAAGAUUCUUAUAACCGAUACCGAUGCCAAGCCACAAGAUUCAACCAUGAAUGUUGUAUUCAAAGAAGUUUUCCAGAAUCUGUUUGACUAUCACGAUGAUAUGUAG